AUGCCGACCUUCUCAAAGCUCCUCCCAGCGGCUGUCUCGGCCUACGGCCUACAGUCGGUGUUGGCGGCCGUCUUUGUUCCUCAAGCAAAUGAAAAGUUCUAUGAUCUUGGCGGUGCCGCGGGCUUCAUCUCGACAACUCUCGUCUCUCUUUACUACCCUCAUCUGAAGGCCAAAUUCUGGGAUCGGCUUCCCAGCGCUGUUAUCCCCCCAGUAACCUCGUUUGCCCCAAGGCAGAUGGUGUUGAAUGCGGCUAUACUUGCCUGGUCUACCCGACUUGGUACCUUCCUUUUCACGCGAGCGAUGAAGGCCGGCGGGGACUCGCGUUUCGAUGAAGUCAAGCAUCAACCCGCCAAAUUUACGUCCUUCUGGAUGGCCCAAGCCACAUGGAUCAUGGUCGUGGGGCUACCUGUCUACAUGGUUAACACCUUGUCCCCGGCUAAUCAUCCCAAACUUGGGCCCCUUGACUACUUCUCGGUCGCCCUCUUCGCAGGAUCUUGGCUAUUUGAGAUCGUGGCGGACCACCAGAAAUCCGCUUGGCGUCGUGCGAAGGAUAACAAGCAGCAUGACGAGAAGUUCAUUACCAACGGUCUCUGGGGCAUCAGCCGCCACCCAAAUUACGUUGGCGAAGUGGGCUUGUGGACCGGAAUCUGGCUACUCUCCAGCGGGUCCCUGCGGUCACCCUCCUUCCCGAGGGGGGCGUGGUUGCUUGCGGGUCUGAGCCCACUUCUGACCUGGUUUCUGCUCACACGUGUUUCGGGAGUCCCCCCUCUUGAGCGCGCUGGAGACAAGAAGUACGGCAGUGCUCCUGAAUGGCAAGAAUACAAGCGGUGCGUCCCGUUCCUCGUUGUUCCCCGUCGUAUGGCUGCGUAA